UUCUCAUUGAUUUACUUAUGAAUGUAUGUCUAUUUAAAGCGUUGUGUAGAUCAGUGUAAACUUGAAACAAAACACGCAUAACUUCAACAGUUCAAGGUAAAAAAGUCAUAAAUAAACGAAAUACUGGAAAUCAAGAAUACCAGGGGUGACGUGCUUUGGGGCAAUAACACAGUGUUUGAGGCUUGCACCAGAAAUUGUUUGUUUACACUGAUUGCAGUUAGGACAGGCAAAUAUGUCGUCUUUGGAUAUAUACAUCCAAAAUCUUCAUGACCAGCAGUGCAUAUUUCAAAUACCUAAAAAUGAAGUAAAGGAGAUUGAACGCUUUGUAAUUCACAUUGUAAAAAAUUUUAUACCUACAACUAUUAAAGCCCUCAAUCCAAAUUUCACGGUUUUGGAAGUGGUCAAUGCUGGAAGUUAUUUUGAGCAUACUAAAGUCAAGAACCCGGAUGAAUUUGAUUUUAUGGUAGUCGUGCGAGAGCUGUCAACGCCUGUUUCAGUACAAAUACAAAAAGGAUGUAUCCCGGGAUAUGCAAACGUCAAACUACGACAAAAAGGAAGAUGGCAUAGCUCUGGGAUGGAAUAUACACCAGAGAAGGAAUUUGAAAUAUCGAUUCUUAGCUUUAAUGCGUAUCUGAGACAGGCGGUAUCAUUAGUUCCGGUACAGAAAGGUAGGUAUGGAACUUUGACAUACCAGGACGUCGCAGUAAGAGGGAAACCAUAUUCAGUAUUUUCACACGUUCAGACAGCUAACUUUAUCUGGAAACGAAAAAUAUGUAAAACUGGAGAAGAAACGUUGUAUCAACGUUCCGACGUCACUAAGAAAACUGACAACGACAAUUUAAAAAUUUGUGUAGAUAUGAUGACAUGUUGCCAUUUCCCUGCAGAUGUCUUUUCUGAGAUACUCCCAAGCAGCUCAUUAUCCAAUCCAUCAUUGAUAAAUAAUGGUUGUCACAUUGUUCUAAAACCUUGUAAUACGUCAUCUUGUAACGAUAAAGAAACUCCCUGCAGGCUUAUUUCUUACACGAAGUCCGAAGUCGAGAAAAUGGCAAAUUUAGACGAGAACUGGAAAGUUAUAUAUAAAUGCACGAAAUUGCUCUUCUCAUACGUGGAAUAUUCUGGGAUAGAUUCAUACAAACUAAAGUCAACGGUUUUACAUCUAAGCGCAAGAUAUGGGCAUACCGAAUUAGGGCGAGGUCUAAUCUUCGUUUUAAAGUCGCUUCAAAUUUCAUCUUCUAAAGGAUUGCUUGGGUGUUAUUUCAAUUCGACUCUUAAUAUAUGGAGUAUUUCUCUAUCUUACAGAUAUUUCACAAAAUGGCAAAUAAUACUUUUGUUUAAAAUAUUCCUGGUUUUUGAAAAGAUACCAGCUGGAGAAAGCCAACAAUUGUUGCUUUCACAAAUGAUUAAUCAAUGGAUAAUCUGUACUUGUAGACACUCUAUUGAAGUGAGCCAGAUUCGUAGUAACAUCUUUGAUGAGCACAGUCUUGCUACAUUUAAUGUACAGGGAAAUAUAUUUCUAGAGAUCGUUUAUGAAAUGGAACCAACACUUAAGGCACAGAAGCCACUUAAGUGGGUUCCAUUUCAGAUGAAAUGUCAUGUUUUCAUUGAUGUUUGUAAAGUUUUGAUUUCAAAAUUAAUUCAAAAAGCUUUUAUGUUCAUUCCUGGCUUUUUCAGAUUUUCCAAGAAAUAAAACAACAUUUCUUUGUUCACAAUUAUAUCAUAUGGCAAUAAAAUGUUUGUUAUUGUU